CCGGGCCGGCUGGUGCGGCUGCUGCUGGCCACGUCCUAGCGCUGAGAGCGGCAUCCUCACCCAGCCCCGGGGCCGCCCGGGAGGCCACCGGGAGGAGCGAGCGAGGGGGCAGCUCGCCUUUGUCUGCAGAGAUUUUGCUUAUGUAGCAAGAGACAAAGAUACAAGAAUUUUGAAAUGUCAUGUAUUUCGAUGUGACACACCAGCAAAAGCCAUCGCUACAAGUCUUCACGAAAUCUGUUCCAAGAUUAUGGCCGAACGGAAAAAUGCCAAAGCCCUGGCAUGCAGCUCCUUACAGGAAAGACCCAGUGUGAGUCUCGACGUCCCCUUGCAAGUAGAUUUUCCAACACCAAAGACUGAGCUGGUCCAGAAGUUCCAUGUGCAGUAUUUGGGCAUGUUACCUGUAGACAAACCAGUCGGAAUGGAUACCCUAAACAAUGCCAUAGAAACACUUACGACCUCAUCCAGCAAGGAGGAUUGGCCGUCUGUGAACAUGAACGUGGCCGAUGCUACUGUGACUGUCAUCAGUGAGAAGAGUGAAGAGGAAAUCCUAGUGGAGUGUCGUGUGCGAUUCCUGUCCUUUAUGGGCGUCGGGAAGGAUGUCCACACCUUUGCCUUCAUCAUGGACACUGGGAACCAGCACUUUGAGUGCCAUGUUUUCUGGUGCGAGCCUAAUGCCGGGAACGUGUCCGAGGCAGUGCAGGCUGCCUGCAUGUUACGAUACCAGAAGUGCUUGGUAGCCAGGCCGCCUUCACAGAAAGUUCGACCACCUCCUCCGCCAGACUCGGUGACCAGAAGAGUCACAACCAAUGUGAAACGAGGGGUCUUAUCCCUCAUUGACACUUUGAAACAGAAACGCCCUGUCACAGAAACGCCGUAGCUGGGUUUAUUGAAGGAGUCUGUGACAUCCACCUGCAGACUGAAUAACUCCACUAAAGAUGAACUGAUACCAGGCCUUCCAUUCAGUCGCUGAUGCUUUGUCUUCUGAGAAUUUAUCUGUAACCCAACAAUGUUAGACAAGCAUGUUCUCUGUCUUGCCACCAUCACGUGAUAUGAAAAGAAGCAUGACUACUUUUUUUUGCUGUCAGUAAGUUACAUCACAAGCAGUGGAAGGUCCUUUUCUUACUGUAAAUACCAUGAUGUCACAUUUCACUUCACAUCCACGAAAAAGAAUGUGGCCACCCUCUCCUAGUGAACCAAGCUGAGUCCUUGGAGUGAAUGAUGCCUGAGUUUUAAUUUCACUGUCAUCAUGACUGGAUCUGUCACAGCAACUUUAACUCCUCCAGCGCUUUGCCCUGUUUUCAACAUUGGAGUAGCCACUGCAUACAAGAUAGCACUGAAUUGCUAUAAAUACUUGAUGACCAAUUGUUUUUGCUUUUCAUAACAUGGAACCUUUUGGUUGACAAAAAUUGGCUGUUGGCAUCAGUACAGAAACCCACUGGCAGCUUUCCUUGACAAGCUCUCUGACACAUGGACACCAUUUCAUGUCUAGAGCUGUUUGUGGGACAUUGGGAAAAAAACGCAACUUCAGAAUUGAAAAACAAACUAAAUUUGAGAAAUUAAAAUCAAACAAAAAAUGGCCUUUCUUUCCAGAUGGUUUUCAAACUGAUUAUUUAAAAAGAUUAACAAAACCGUAAUGCAUUUUGGGUGGGACAUAUUUCAAACUUCUGCCUUAUACCUUACAAUGCAGCUAGAAAAUUACAGUUCACAAUGGCCAUUCUUUAUGUAAAUGACAUUAAAAUGAAAUAUUCCUCUCUUGCCUUUUAUCCUUAGUUUGAUAAUUAGCCAAUAUGCAAUUUGGAAUUGAGGAAAUGUCAUUUAUACUUUAGAUCUCCACCACCACGUUAGUUUGUUAGUCCACCUCUAAGUAAAUGUUCUGCCAGGAUUCUGCUCUAGCUCAAUCUUACCCCAAUACUUUUUGCCCAGAAAGCUGUCUGUCCACAUAUAUUGUCCAUGGCAACAAAUUACAUUAAAUUGAACCUUUCUGAAUUCAUGUAUUUACUAUUAGAAAUUGUUGGACUCUACAAGAUAUAUUUUUAAAUUUAUAUUUUUUCCAUUUUAUUUUCAAGAUUUAAAAAUUUCCUAUCAGAGCAAAAUAUACGUAAGAGCAAUAGACAUUUAUUUAACAAGUUUCCCCAAAAUACACUUUUCUGCUUCUCUAUAGAAAAGAGUCUUAGCUAUAAAGACACACAGAUUUAGACUUGUUGACAUUUUUAAAGGAAGUUGCUAAGGGGAUCAAUCUAAAUAUUAGUCUUGUUUACUUUUUAAUGUCAAAUUAACAUUUCACAACACCCAGUUACAAAAGCAACACUUCACUUAUCCACUGCUAUAUACUUGUCAAAAUGGUUUCUACAUUCUUACCACAUUUGAGCCUUAUAAAAUAAAGAAGGUACUAAACACUUUAGAGAAAUAAAACCAUGAAGUACCACGAGGUUCAGUCACCUAGAGAGAACCAGAACUAGGAUCCAUGCUUCCCAGCUCUGUUAUAAGUUAUGCUUAUAAAUUAUACAUGAUACUGCUUUUAACUGCCACAUCAGUUAGGAAGGUUCUUUACAGAAUUACUCUGGGCAUAUCCAGUUAUUGUCAGGAAAUCCUAGAAUUCCCUGUAUUAGUAGGGAAAUAGUCCAAAUGACUCACACAGUGGGUAUUAAUUAUAAAGCCGUCACCGUCUCAGUCUAGUACUGUUUUCCUGCAGUGUGCCUCAAAUGUGUUGUAGAGGACAGGAUGCUACAUGCAGUAGAGCCUGUUCAGCUUACAAGGUUUCCCAGAGAUGAUGUUCCUUGUGGUAGAGAUAUUCUAACUCAUGGUACUUGGCCACCAGAAAGCAUGAUGGAAUGGGUAAGUGGCCUUUUGCCUCUGUUCCCUCACAGAAUUCUGGAUUUGCUAGCACUGUAGCGUGAUGACAAAAAGAUGCCAUUCUAGAAAUGUAUUACACUUCUUACCAGCCUAUGUACUGUUCUCUCUGAAGUAACCAAGGCAAUCAUUAGAAAUUACAGCACUAAGAAAAUCCUUACUAUGCCCUUUGAAAAGUGCUUCAAACCUCAAUCAUCAUAUUUUAUCUUGAUCUCCACAGUGAAACAUUUUAGUGUAAUAAACUUCAAAAUUCUGGACCAGUAAUCCACUUUUAUAUUAGAAAUCUCUACCAGAACCCCCUGUUCAAUUUUUAAGGCAUACAUUUCUCUGUUUUCAGGAGCAAGAAUACUGAGCUAGCUUUAAUAGCAAACUGAUUUAUAUAUGCAAUUAUAGGAUGCAUUAAGAUGAAUGAUAGCCUUUACAUAUUAAAAAUUUUACUGCAGAUACUUUGUUUUGAAGAUAGCUCUGCAUACUAAAUGCAAUUAAUUUUGUAAAAUUAAUUAUGUUAAACAGUAUGUUCAGACACUUUCUGCCAUGGCCAAAAAGUAUGUAUGAAAGUAUGUGUGUGUUUUUCUGUGGAAGGAUGCCAAUGUUUUACCUGAUAUUGUAGUGAUACUUGUUAUCUAUGCAUUCUUUAUAUCUGUGAUUCGGUAAUCAGGCAGCCAUGUUCACUAUGCCUUGUAUGUCUUAUCAUUUUUUAUUAACCUGUUAAAUACAGCUUCAAAUAUUUUUAUUUUAUUUAUUCUAUUUUUACUGAAAUAUACUGCAUUAUUGUGUUAAUGUAUUAUUAUCUUUACUGGAUAUUAUCUCAUAAUGUAUCCAGGUCUAAGUAAUCUCAGUGAACUAUCCAUUGCCUAAAAGGUGUUUUUGUAAUGAUUUGUAGUUACAUUUUUAUUGGAAUAUGUAGAAAAAAAGCAAAAUGCUUAAAGUUCCUUUUAUUUUUUAAAAGCAGCUAGAUGCAGACCUGCCACCUCAAUAUAUGUGCACCUUGGCAGCAUCAAGGGGAACAACCAACAUGCCUGAGGCUAAAAACUUUCCUUUGCAAACUUAAAGCACUGCUUGGUGCUUCACAUUUUUAUAUCCUUCACAACACGUGUAAUCUCAUCUAAAAGAUACACAUGUCCACAUGCGCUUUGUUUCCACCUGGAUAUAAGAUCAACCAUAGCUAGUAGGACCAUUGGUUUUCAUUUGUGUCUGUCUUAAUGCAUGAAGGGACAUUAGACCAUUCCCAUUAAAAUAAGUUCUUGGUGAUAAA